UCACAAACAACCAAACAUUAACAAUGGCAUCAUCCAAAAAAUCAAGUACCGAAGCGAAGGGCAAAGAAGCGGGAACCUCAAAGCCAGCCCCCAAAGCCAAGACCCACAACAAUGCCAGAAAUUCCGACAAGGAAAUCUCAAAGAAGAAGAAGAAGAAGAAGAAGAUUAGCAUUAGCACCAACAAUGGCUCCGUCAAGGACAACGAGGCCUUAGCUGUUUCUCCUCCAGGCGGCUCAGCCUCUGAGGACGACGAUGCCGCCGAUGAAGACAAAGCCGAAACCACAAGUAGAAAACAUAAGACCUCCAAAUCGAAGAAAGUUAAACGGAACCAUGCCAAGGAAGAAGAUAAUGGUUAUGCCGAAGAAGAAGAAGAAGAAGCCGAGGAGAAGAUUUAUAAAUUCCCUAUGCAUCGGAUCAAGAAAAUCAUGAGGGAUGAAAAUUCUGAUUUGCGUAUUAAUCAGGAAGCUUUGUUUCUCGUCAACAAAGCUUCGGAGAUGUUUCUUGUACAAUUUUGCAAAGAUGCAUAUGCAUGCUGUGCUCAGGAUCGCAAAAAGUCUCUUGCUUACAAGCAUCUAUCAUCAGUAGUUUCCAAAAGGAAGAGAUACGACUUUCUUUCAGAUUUUGUUCCAGAGAAGUUAAAAUUCGAAGACGCCUUAAAGGAAAGAAGCAUGGCAGAAUCAGGAAAGGACUAAGCUUCUCGAUAUUUUAUUUUGAACACUUCAUCUUGUUCUAUGGAUGUGUUAUAUAUUUAGGUAUCGUUCUUGUCAUGUAUUGAAUCCUAGGAAGUUAGAUACAACAUACAACAUACAUUUUUUUUAAACUACGUACCUGUAACAUGUUUAUUGACAUCUUAAAUCUAAUCUAACAUUCAUUCUAACA